UCUCAGCUCCCAGCGCCGCCCGCGGAGGGGCGGCUGAAGGCCACGGCCGGGGCGGGCGGGCGCCUGGCGUCUCUCAGUUUUUUCUCCUCCCGCCGUCUUCUCAGCUGGUGGAGAGGUCGGAGGCCAGCGCCUCUGACCGACUGGCGCCGGCGCAUCUGGGCCCUCCCUACCGGGCGCGCCGGGGAAACGCGCCGCCUCUGGGGCUUCCAACUCCAGUCAUCUUUCGGAGCCUUCGCAGUGCCAUUCGCACGAUGGAAGUUAUAUGACAUAGAAUAUUUGGGGUGACAUCUUGAAAGAUCUUCAAGAAUUACAGAAGACAAAAAACACUAAUGCAUUUGAGAAAGUGGUAAAGUUUGGGGGGAGGGGAAAAAAACUGCUUUCCUGAUCUGCAACUUGGCUGGAUGCUAAGAUGUCUGUGGACAUGAAUAGCCAGGGGUCUGACAGCAAUGAAGAGGACUAUGACCCAAAUUGUGAGGAAGAAGAAGAAGAUGAAGACCCUGGGGACAUAGAGGACUAUUACGUGGGAGUAGCCAGUGAUGUUGAGCAGCAGGGAGCCGAUGCCUUUGAUCCUGAGGAGUACCAGUUCACCUGCUUGACCUACAAGGAGUCCGAGGGUGCCCUCAAUGAGCACAUGACCAGCUUAGCCUCUGUCCUAAAGGUAUCUCAUUCAGUUGCUAAACUUAUAUUAGUUAAUUUCCACUGGCAAGUUGCAGAGAUACUGGACAGAUACAAGUCUAAUUCUGCUCAGCUGCUUGUUGAGGCUCGAGUUCAGCCCAGUCCCUCGAAACAUGUUCCCACAGCCCACCCUCCUCACCACUGCGCAGUGUGUAUGCAGUUUGUGCGGAAGGAAAACCUACUUUCUCUGGCCUGUCAGCACCAGUUUUGCCGUAGCUGCUGGGAACAGCACUGCUCAGUACUUGUCAAGGACGGUGUGGGUGUAGGAGUCUCUUGCAUGGCUCAGGACUGCCCACUGCGAACACCAGAGGACUUCGUGUUUCCAUUGCUGCCCAAUGAAGAAUUGAGAGACAAAUACAGGCGCUACCUCUUUAGGGACUAUGUGGAGAGUCAUUACCAGCUCCAGCUGUGCCCUGGUGCAGACUGCCCCAUGGUUAUUCGGGUACAGGAGCCUAGAGCUCGCCGAGUACAGUGCAAUCGGUGCAACGAGGUCUUCUGUUUCAAGUGUCGUCAGAUGUAUCACGCCCCCACAGACUGCGCCACAAUCCGGAAAUGGCUCACGAAGUGUGCAGAUGACUCCGAAACAGCCAACUACAUUAGUGCUCACACUAAAGACUGUCCAAAGUGUAACAUCUGCAUUGAGAAGAACGGAGGCUGCAAUCACAUGCAAUGCUCCAAGUGUAAACACGACUUCUGCUGGAUGUGUCUAGGAGAUUGGAAGACCCAUGGCAGCGAGUACUAUGAGUGCAGUCGGUACAAGGAGAACCCCGACAUUGUCAACCAGAGCCAGCAAGCCCAGGCCAGGGAGGCCCUCAAGAAGUACUUGUUUUACUUUGAGAGGUGGGAAAACCACAACAAGAGCUUGCAGCUGGAGGCACAGACGUACCAGCGGAUUCAUGAAAAGAUUCAGGAGAGGGUCAUGAAUAAUCUGGGGACAUGGAUCGACUGGCAGUACCUACAGAAUGCUGCCAAGCUCUUGGCUAAGUGCCGAUACACCCUGCAGUACACUUACCCAUACGCGUACUACAUGGAGUCUGGACCCAGGAAGAAAUUGUUUGAAUACCAGCAGGCUCAGCUGGAGGCUGAGAUCGAAAACCUGUCAUGGAAAGUGGAGCGCGCAGACAGCUAUGACAGAGGGGACUUAGAGAACCAGAUGCACAUAGCAGAGCAGCGGAGGAGAACCCUGCUGAAGGAUUUCCAUGACACCUAGGUGGGACAUGGGCGUGCUGGAGUGAGGAAGAUGUGGCUGCGAGGCCUCCUGGCUGCCGUACUGCAUGCUGCAGGCUCUGCCUUUCACGACCCCAGGCAACAGCCAGGGCCCCACUCCUGAGAGACACUGGCCGCACACCUCUUAGUCCACUUCUGUUUUCUUCUCAUCUUUUUGCUUUUUGUUUUUACCAGGGUAGAGGCCAUGUUGAAUUGGCCUCUUUUCAGGACUUUUAAUUCCCCCUGGAUGGUUGUUGGGAGGGAGGGAAAGUUUUUUCUGAAUGACUAUUAAUAGUAUUAGAUCAUUACAACUUCUGUAAUUUUCAAAAGUUGUAUAAUUAUACAAAAAAAAAAAAACAAACCAUAGAAUUACACAGAACCCUUUUUAAAAAUAAAUUGGCAAUGGAGUGUUUUACCCUCUAGCUAUUUUACUUAGAAUAUAACAUUUGCUGCCUGCCCCCACUGCCUCAGAAUGUCUACUGUAAGAGGGCCCCAGGGGUCUCUGUUUUUGGAUUCUCAUGUGUCUGGCCACAGCUGGUGUCCCAAGGGAAGAACGUGGGUGGCAGAUGGUGGGGAAUGGAGUUGGCCUGUGUAAUGGGCACGGAGCGCAGAGAAUCACAUCAUGCCUUCUGCCUGGUCCUUAGAGGCCUUUUAGUGGUUGGAUGCACCUGCCUCACCUUGCAGUGAGGAGAUAAUACAGAAAAGGGCCUUGUCACAGGGUGUCAUUGUCUGAUGGCACUAUGUGUCUGUGAGCUCAUCUUUCUUCCAGGUUUACUUGGGUCUGGCUACUGAGACCAGCCCACAGCAAAGCAUAGGUGAGCUUGUGGCCCUCCAGACCAGGGGAUGUGAGUUCAGCACAGUUGUUUCAUUUUGUCUCCUAAAGAUAGAGAUCUACUUUUAAAGGGAAUUAUU